UUACAUCUUUAUUUUCAGGACUGCUGUGUCGGAGUUCCAGAAGAAAAACAUUGUAGAGUGGGUUUCUCAAAAGGCAACUGAUACUGUCUCCCCUGUUGAAAGAAAACUGGUUCAUAAUAAUAUUGUUGGAAAUAGUAUAUCUGAAUCCUAUUCCCCUCCGGUGAAUAAUGAGCUUUUUCCGACUCUUUGGGCGAUCGAAAUCAGUUGUCAUUGGGAUGGUCCAUGUGAAAGCCCUGCCAGGAACACCUGGGAGUGUGUUGCCAUUGGCCCAAAUCACCGAAGAAGCUUGUCGAGAUGCUGAGAUUUAUAGGGCUGCAGGAAUUGACGGUUUAAUUGUAGAAAAUAUGCACGACCGGCCAUAUGCAGUCAGCAUUGGUGCAGAAAUUACAGCAGCCAUGGCGGUCAUUUGUGCCACCGUGAAACAGACAGUCCCUCUUCUCCCGGUUGGCGUGCAGAUUCUGUGUGCUGCAAAUCAGCAGGCCGUGGCAGUCGCUCUUGCGGCAGGUCUUGACUUUAUUAGAGCUGAAGGCUUUGUUUUUUCUCAUGUGGCGGAUGAAGGGAUUCUGAAUGCUUGUGCUGGUGACUUACUGAGAUACCGGAAGCAAAUUGGCGCAGAACAUAUCCAGGUUUUUGCUGACAUUAAAAAGAAACACAGCGCUCACGCCCUGACAGCUGAUGUCAACGUAGCAGAGACGGCUAAGGCUGCUGAAUUCUUCCUGGCUGAUGGGGUGAUAUUAACUGGAACAGCAACUGGAUUAGAGGCAGAUCCCAAGGAACUGAAAGAGGUUGGACAUGCUGUGAAGAUCCCAGUGCUGGUAGGAUCUGGAGUCACCGUGGGGAAUGUGAAGGACUACUUGGAUGCAAAUGGCUUGAUCGUUGGCUCACAUUUCAAGAAAGGCGGCCAUUGGACAAAGGCAGUCGAUCCCGAUCGUGUGAGGAGGUUCAUGGAUCACAUUGGUAAACUGAGAGGAUAACAUUGUGAAUAUAGGUUUCAAACACCAGAAUCCUUAUGGAACACAAGUUGGAUCAAAUAGUACAGGGCUUCUUAAACACCUCAAACUUUUAAUGAUGCCAAAUCAGCAUUUGCAAAGCAUGCUAAAGGGUUGAAUGAAAAGUAAUGCCUCCACCUUCAUAACUCCUCAAAAGAUGGCAGUACUGGUAUGCAGCAGGUACUGGCUUGUUCAGUAGACUCUCCUCUACAGUUCCAUUUGGGUGGGAAGCCUUAACAUUGAACAGUUGUGUUGUUAAAGUGCGAAGUAUGGAACCCAUGUAGACGGUCGGUCAAUGUGUCUUAAGCAAUAUGCAGUCAUUGAAUUCUUGACAGCAGAAAGUGUCACCCCAAAGGAGAUUCCUCCUGUUUUUGGUGAUUGUGUUGAUGUAAGUACUGUGCGUCGUUGGAGAAGUAAGUUUAAAGAUGUUGAGGUGGGAACAUCUGACUUGCGUGACAAAGAGUUGGACGUCCAGUGACAGCAACUACCGAGUUUCACAAGCAAAAGGUUGACAGAUUGAUUCAGGAUGAUUGUCGUAUCACUCAGAGAGAAAUUUCAAGCAUAAUUGGCAUUUCAAAAGAAUGUGUGGGUCACAUUAUUGCUUUUGUUGGCUAUUGGAAGAUCUGUGCACGAUGGGUACCCAGGAUGAGAGAAGUGUGAGACGCUGGUUGUGGAAACAGAGUGUUGACUUCUUCGGUGAUGGAUUCAGAAAACUUGUUAAUUGUUGGCAGAAAUGUAUCCAAUUGUCUGGUGAUU